GUGCCACAGUGAGUGAGGGGGAGAGAGAGACGGGUGCCACAGUGAGUGAGGGGGAGAGAGAGACGGGUGCCACAGUGAGUGAGGGGGAGAGAGAGACGGGUGCCACAGUGAGUGAGUGAAGGAGAGAGAAGUGGGUGCCACAGUGAGUGAGUGAGGGGGGGCGGGUGCUACAGUGAGUGAGGGAGAGGGUGAGACGGGUGUCCCGGUGAGUGAAUGAGUUUCGAAAGUGAAUAAGUCAAGGAGGGAGAGGCGGGUGUCCCGAGGAGUAAACGAGUGUCGCGCAACACAGUCUGUGGUCUGCCCCGCCUGCGCUCAGUGAGUGUUGGAGAUGCAUUACUACAAAUAUCCUGAGGCACGAGUCGGCUGCUUCAACAAGUAUUUUCUGUUCGGCCUCAACAUCAUCUUCUGGUUGGCUGGUGCUGGGCUGCUUGCAAUCACUUUCUGGGCCUGGAAUGAAAAGGGAGUUUUAAACAUCCAGUCUAUCACUGAGCUGAAUGGGUUUGAUCCGGUUUGGUUAAUCCUGGUGGUUGGCUUUGUGACCUUCAUUCUGGGAUUCGCGGGAUGCAUCGGAGCCCUGCGCGAGAACAUCUGUCUCCUAAAGUUUUUCUCAUUUAUCAUUGGAGCGAUCUUCACUUUGGAGCUGGUGGCUGGAAUCCUCGCCUUUGUGUUUCAAAACUGGGUGAAGGUGCAGGUGCAGGAUUUUGUCCGAAACAAUAUUGGAGUGUACCGCGACGACAUAGAUCUGCAGAACCUCAUCGAUGCAGUUCAGAAAUACAUGCAGUGUUGUGGAGCUGCUACCCCUGACGACUGGGACAACAAUGUUUACUUCAACUGUUCUCAGGAGAAUCCCAGCCGGGAGCGAUGUGGUGUUCCCUUUUCCUGCUGUAUGCCGGACCCUGCACAAAAAGUUGUGAACACCCAGUGUGGAUACAACAUCAGAUCCAAGAAUAAGAAUAAGGGGGAGUAUGAUCAGACCAUCUACGCAAAGGGUUGUGUCGAAGCGUUCGAGGACUGGCUGCCCAGGAACAUCUACUUUGUUGCCGGGACUUUGCUGGUCAUUGCCCUCCUGCAGAUGUUUUCGAUUUACCUUGCGCGAUCGAUGAUCUGUGAAAUCAAAACGAUAAUGGCUGGAUGGACUCAAUGAGGCCGCACUGAAACCAACAGGGCCCAGGAGCGGCUCAACUUUGCAAACGAUGUAUUUUUUUGUGCCAAAGGAAGACGUAGGCGUCACUUUAUUACCUUAUUGAGGUUUUGGAUGGUUCUACUGUGUAUUCAAUAGGUUUAUUUAAUAUCAGAGAAAUGUAUACAAUAUACAUCCUGAGAUGCGUUUUCUUUGCAAACAUCCAUGCAGAGGAGUGCCCCAAAGAAUGAAUGACAGUUAAAUGUUAGAACCCCAAAGCCCCCCCAGCUCCCCCUCCCACGCACAAGCAGCAGCAACGCAACGACACCCCCACCAGCAAAAAAAAGCAUCGCCCCCCCCCCAAGACACAGGCUUGCAGCACCCCAAAGACGACUCUAUCCUACUCUUUUUUUUAAAAAAAAACUAUUCAGUGUAGUCGGAGUGUGUGUUCAUCAAUCACUUUGUGCCUUACUGCACUCUAGAUGUUUGCCAGGGAACGUUUGUACAAACCACGUUUUAUCAGACGUUGAACAUUGGGCAAGUCUGGAAAACCAGGUUUCACCAGCACUCAAAAUACUCAAUUAUUCCAAGGAACAGAACCGCCUGCAUAGUACUGCGCGAUGUAUAAACAUUCGGGAAAAGCUACAAGACGGAGCAAGUGAUUCCCCCCCCCCCCCCCCCCGCAUCAGUGAAUUCGGUGUUCAGUACUGGUCUCUGCAAUGAGACUUUAGUGACACGGCCCACGUUAAUUCCCAGAAGAAACAAACAGGAGGAUUUCAUCAUGAGCUGAUUGUACAGGGUGGCUCUCUCUCUCUCCCCCUCCCUCCCCUUCUCCUAUAUUUGGGCUGUUACACAAAGCCCAUUGAUAAUGUGAGCGGUUAAGGUCGGAGGCAAAGAAUGAGCCUUGUCCCUUGCAGGAUAUCCUUCACUGUGGUGCCGAUGGAUUUAGGAAUUGUCCCGUGGAGGUACAGCGGGAAAAGGUUUUUUUUCUGAGCUUGCAAUGAGUUUCAUUCUAGCAGAACUUCUUAAUCUGUUCAAUAUCUGAAUAUUUUAAGUGUUUUAAGAGAUUAUAUUAAACAAUUUUAGCGUUUUUGUGUAUCCUCGUGUUGAAAGCUUUCAAAUUGUAAUGGAAAGCUUCAGCUUUAUCAGCCUUGUUUUUUAAAAAAAAUAAAAUAUAAUUAAAGCAAA